AUGGGUUCCAGUAUAUCAGUAAUCGAUAAAUGUAAUGCUUUGCGUUGCUUCAAUCGUAGUUUGAAUAAAAAUAAAAAAGAAAUGCGUACAUGUGAUAUAUGCAAUAAGAACAAUGCAAACGAAGAAGAAGACGACGCAUUACUUUACGGCGAAUGGAUGGUCAAACAGAAUGUAACAGUGCAUUACUAUUGCCUGCUGCUAUCUUCGAACUUGCCACAACGCGGCGGCGACUCGAGCGGAAUUCUGGGCUUCUUGUUGCGCGACAUACGCCAGGAGGCAGUCGCUGCCCAGAAGCGUAAAUGCGCCUUCUGUCGCGAGAAGGGCGCCAGCGUGAUUUGCUUCAAAUGCCGCAUUGUUUUCCACAUGAUCUGUGGCCUGGAAAAUCGUUGUGUUUAUCAAUUCUGUGAUGACUUCCGCAGCUACUGCGAGAAUUGUGCACCGAUGGAUGACUACAAGCGGCAGCUGGUGGCCGACCCGCCCAAGUCGGCCCAGUGUGACAUCUGCUUCCGCCCGAUCUCCCCUUUUCUGCUCCACAAUGUCACCUACGGGGAUUGUUGCCGCAAGGGCUUCGCCCACCGCACAUGCAUGCGUCGUUAUGCUCUGGCCUCUGGCUACUACUUGCGCUGUCUCUGGUGCCGCUCGAAGACUUUCCAUGACAACAUACGCCUUCAGUCGGUCUUCGUGCCCGACCGCGAUGCCACCUGGGAGCGCCAGCCAAACGCCUACAGCGAGCUACACAACCGCCGUAUGCGCUGCGAGCAGGCCAUAUGCCUGUGCCCAAAGGGCCGCGACUUCAAUCGCAACACUUGGAUUAUUCAACCGUGCAUCCUUUGCGCUGCUGUCGGCACCCACUACAAGUGCUAUGUAGGCACAAUGCGUCUAUCGCGUGCCUCCGCCAACGAACCGAACAAUUUCAAAUGCAACAUGUGCGCAGAGGUGGAGGCCAAGCUCCAGCAGCCCAAGCAACAGUUAACAACAUCAGAUGAAUCCAUUGACUCUUCAUUCUAUAUGCCUAAGAAUUGCAACGAGCUGAGCGUCGCAGCUGACGAUGAUUCCCCAGUUCUCUCCGAGGACGAGUCCUCGCUGGUCGACGCCACCAUCAUCACUAUUAAGUCCUCGCAGCGUCUAAAUGCUCUCAGCUGCGAGAAGCUAAACGAAUUGGCAGUCAAAGAGACACAGCAGCUGCAGGAGCCACAGCCGUUGCCUGCACCACCAAUUUCCGUUGAGUCAAGCGUCAUUGAGUUGCCAGAUACUCAACCCAUAUCAAUUCAGCAGCUGCUGGCCGAUUUCCUUAAGCCACCGCUGCCGUUGCGCGAAUCCUUUUUCAGCGACGGCCAUUUCUAUCUUGUUGUUUACGAGUACAAUGAAAACCUAGAAAAUCCGUGCGUUGGCAGCUGCACCCUACGCUUUUCCAUCGACGACAAGCGUCUUGGCGAUUUCUCAGAGGAGACACUGAUGCAGCUGCAGCUGGUGGAGACCGACGUUUGGUAUCGUGAAAGCGAUCGCGGCGUCUACGACAAAAUCGAUCAAUAUAUCGAAAACAACAUGUAGUGCCAAAGGGUUCUCCAAUGUUUUAAAAAAUAAUAUUAUAUUUUUACAGUUUCAUGAGCAUUACAAA